AUGCACGAGAGGACUCCGGUUCUUGACACGGGUGAAGAGGAUUACAACCUAGACGGAAGUGGAGAGUUUCGGGUUGGCCACAAGUUUAAAAGCCGAGAGGCAGUGCUUCAGGGUGUGAAGAACUACAGUAUUCGGAAGAGUGCGGAUGCCGACAAGCUGAUAAUGGGUGUCAAUGGAGCCUCCGUGUGGCACUUCGACAGAACCUCAGAUACUGGUAAUAUUAAGUUUAUAUGUGUCUUUCAAUACUUCAUUACGAUAUCGGAGGUUCGGAGGGUGGGUGGAGUGCAUGCUUGUCUAGCCCCCACCAUGUCUCAAGACUAUUGUCAGCUAGACAACAGUCUGAUAUGCCGGGUCAUCUUGCCAUUGAUUCAGUCUAACCCGUCUGUCAGCAUUCCAGUUUUGCAAAGUGCGGUCCAAGCGAGCUAUCACUUCAAACUAUCGUACAGAAAGGUGUGGAUGGCCAAGCAGAAGGUAAUUGCACAAAUCUAUGGGGAUUGGGAGGAGUCGUACAAUAAGGUUCUCAAGUUGCUUCAGGCCAUGCAGAGCUAUUUUUCUAGUACCAUUUGUGACCUCUGCGUCAAACCAUUCUACGAUGGGCACUUCCUGGUACGUGACUACAGUAUGUUUGACAAGGUAUUUUGGUCUUUCCCGUUAUGUGUAGAAGCCUUCAAGCAUUGCAAGCCCUUUGUCUCUGUAGAUGGUACGCAUUUGUAUGGCAGGUAUGGUGGUGUCUUACUUAUUGCGGUGGCGCAAGAUGUGAAUAGCAACAUCCUGCCUAUUGCCUUUGCCAUUGUGGAGUCCGAGAGCACCGAGUCAUGGUCGUUCUUCCUAACUAAUCUGAGACGCCACGUCACCCCACAAGACGGCUCGCUAGUUAUCUCCGACAAAUCUCAGGCUAUCAAGGUAGCGCUUAGUGCCGAUGACAGCGGUUGGCAUCCCCCUAGAGCCAACCAUGCUUACUGCAUAAGACACAUGACUGCGAACUUCAUGACACGGUUCAAGUCAGCCGAGGGCAAGAGGUACCUCAUUAACGCUGCUUAUAGUCCAAGCAAGGCCGGUUACAAGUGGUACAUAGAUGCAUUGAGAGGAGUCUCGCCAACCAUGGUUGAGUGGGCUUGUAGCAUCGGGCAUACUGUCAAAGGGUCUCAGGAUCGUCGAUGGGGGGGCAUCUGUCAGACACGAUCAUGCAACCAGACCAGCUUCAGCGUGAAUGACUCCUUCCUCUAUGCCGCUUGCUUUGCCGCCACUAGAAGCCUGGCACCAAGCAGCUGCUCCACCAUCACCCACGUCUCAGUGUUGUACCACCGACCAAAGUCACGAAGGCACCCCCAACGGGGUUUCCGUGUGCACGUAGGCUCAGGUGGUACGCUACGUCCUGCAGGGUGA